GGACACUGCCCAAUACAUCCAUGCUCUCUCUCUCUCUUUCGACAAAGUAAAAGUCAGCGCCGUCCUUUACGCCAUAGUUUGUCUCCUCUCUCCUCACCAACAGAGUUAAAAAAAAAAAAACUAAAGAGAUCAUCAACCAUGUCUGAGGAUUGGGAUCUCUUCGCCGUCGUCAGAAGCUGCAGCUCUUCUGUUUCCACGGCGACUACAAAAACCAACUCUCGUGGUGGUGACGAUGGAGGAGGGAACUGUAAGCAACAAGAUCUUCCUCCUCUGUAUCCACACAUCCAUGGAGACAUAAACGGAGAGUCUUCUUCUUGCAACGAGCUACACGAUUCUUGCAAACCAUUUUUACCCGUUGCCACUAUUUGGCCUUCUCCUUCUGUUGUUUCAUCAGCUCCUAAUGUCUUAAUGAAACAAGAACAAGGGCUCACGGAAUCACAAGAUCAGAAACCUCCUCUUGGUGUUAGGGUUUUCCCACCUCCCACGACCAUUUCUUCUUCUUCUUCAUCGUCUGUAUUUGUUUUCAGAGGUCAACGCAGCCACCUUCUUCAACAACAACCUCAAGCUCCUCUUCGAUCUAGAAAAAGAAAGAAUCAGCAAAAGAGAACCAUAUGUCAUGUAACUCAAGAGAAUCUCUCUUCUGAUAUGUGGGCAUGGCGUAAAUACGGUCAAAAACCCAUCAAAGGCUCUCCUUAUCCAAGGAAUUAUUACAGAUGCAGUAGCUCAAAAGGGUGUUUAGCUCGAAAACAAGUUGAAAGAAGCAACUUGGAUCCGAAUAUCUUCAUCGUUACUUACACGGGAGAACACACUCAUCCGCGUCCUACUCAUCGGAACUCUCUCGCCGGUAGUACUCGUAACAAAUCUCAACCCGUUAACCCAACCCCAAAACCCGACACCCCAUCGACUCAGUCAGUUUCUGGUAUGGAAACUGUAAAAGAAGAGAUUCAUCUCUCUCCUACGACGCCGUUGAAAGAAAACGACAACGUUCAAGUAGCCAACGGAGACGAAGAAGUCAACAUGGAAGACGAAGAGUUAGAUGAAGUAGAGGAUGAUGAAGAUGAUGACGUGGAUGAUCUUUUGAUACCGAAUUACGCGGUGAGAGAUCAAGAUGAUUUGUUCUUCGCUGGAAACUUUCCCUCUUGGUCCGCCGGGUCCGCCGGGGACGGUGAUGGAUGAUGGAAACGAAUAUUAAUCUCAUUUUUUAAGAAAGUCAGUUUUUAAUUAUUAUUUUUUGUUAAAUCUUGACAUUUAUUGUGUUUAUUAAAAAAAUACAUAUAUAGAGAUUAAAAAAUACGCAUAGAAAGAGAUGGCA